CAAGCUCUCCUAUUGGAUAUCGGACGUCGUACGUCGGAUGUCGGACGCAGUGUGAAUCCUACAUAAGACUCUAGUAUCUCUAACCUUUAAAAUAUAUUGAGUACGAAUGAUGAGUUUUACAUAACCUUAGCAUGAUUUGUAGGAUCUUAAAUAAAAAAUUUUACGACUUAUAUGUAGCAGACUGCAAGUAGCGGCCGCAGGUUUGGAAUUAAUUCCAAAUAAUUGGAAAAAUAAUUUUUGAAAAAUUGAAAGAGAAUUGUUAAAAUGAUAUUUACAUCGAUACAGAUUAAUUGUGCUUUUAUACCUGGGCUUUGAUAUACAUAUAGCUUUCAUGCACUCUUUAUUUAAAUUUAAUAUGUUGCACUCCACAAAGUCACAAUUAUCGCGACUUUACUCGACAAGACAACGCACUAAUUUAAAGAAUCAUUAUGAUACAUUAAAUAUCAAUCCACAUGCCACUCAAAAUGAGGUGAAAUCAGCAUAUUACAAACUAACUCUACAGUAUCAUCCUGACAAGAAUAAGAGUGAAUAUGCUAAACAAAAGUUUCAAGAUAUCUCAGAAGCUUACAAAGUGCUCAGCAAUUACGAGCAACGUAAAAUUUAUGAUCAAGAUACAAUGCUUCGUCGACAACCAGAGGCGACUGUCACCCAGGAACCCGUUUUCAAUUACAAGGACAAAGUUUAUUCAGGGUCAUCAAAAUUUUACAAUUAUGAUGUAUGGAUACAGGAGCACUAUGGAAAGCAAUUAUACGAAUCACGCUUCAGGAGACAGAAGUAUGAAAACAUCAGAACAAUGAAAGAAAUAGAUAAUCAUGCAAAGAAGAAUUCUUUAUAUGUAGAAUUUGCCAUAUUUUUAUUAACUCUAACAUUGAUUGCUAUGAAUUUUCAACAUAAAUACGAUACUCCAACAUCUCAGAAACUUAAGACAGAAAGUAAAGAUAAAUAA